AUGUCCCUAAAAACUAGAAGUGAAGUUAAUUGCCCAAUUUUUGGAGCUCCGAAAGAAAUAAGAAAAGUUAGGUUGCCCACAUUUCAUGAUGUCAUUCAGGGUUUCUUGUUUACAAGAAAUUAUCUGGAAGGUAUUUCAGUGAAUAGAAAUCGGUUAGUGGUAGAGGCAGCAGACAUUAUCGCUAAAAAGAUUGAAUCUAUAUGGAAAAAGGCUGGUAUUCCUACAACUGAUCUUUUGCAAGUUAUAGGUUGCGACGGUACUAAUUUAAAUACGGGACAUAAAGGUGGAGUCAUAACAUUAUUGGAACAUCGAGUUAAAAGACCAUUGCAAUGGUUUAUAUGCGAGCUUCAUGCUAACGAAUUACCGUUACGCCACUUAGUUCAACAUUUAGAUGGUAAUACAUCUGGUCCUCGUGAUUUUCAAGGAUCCAUUGGACGAGCUCUAAAUGAGUGUGAGAAGCUUUCCAUAGCUAAGUGUCAAGUUAUUGGCAGUACACUUCCCAAUAUUUCCUUUGAUGAUUUGGGAACCGAUCAAAAAUAUUUAUUUGACAUUUUCCAGGCAAUUAUAAAUGGCACAUGUUCUGAAAGUCUAUCUAAACGUAAUCCAGGAAUGCUUAAUCACUCUCGUUGGUUGACAACGGCAAAUAUAAUUCUUCUCUUAUAUGUUGCCAGUGAAAAUUCCUCAGAAGAAUUACUAAUACUAGCUACAUUUGUUAUGAAGGUUUACGCUCCGAUGUGGUUUGUAAUAAAGGAACCGAGAAAUACGAAUAAAUUGACCGAUCCAGAACUGGCUUAUUAUUUAGAGAAUGAUGGAGAUGACAUUGGUUCUGCAAGAGAGACUGACACCUACUGUAUUGAAUCUGAAGAUUCCGAAAAAGAAAUUCUUUAUGAGAGAUUAUCCAGAAAAGACAAAUCCACCGGCCUGGAACUCAAACAUGACAAAAUGGUGGGUAGGUCCCCGCGUCAGCACUCUUCGUCAUACAACGCCGGUUUAAAUCCUUCUUUAAAAGAAUAUUUCGUACCCUAUCCAAACUAUAUACCACAACCACGAUAA